CAGAUCAGCCAUGUCCGCAUGGCGCCUCCGCCCACUCAUGCUCGUGCUCUUCCUCUUCCUCUUCCUCUUGUCAGUGAUGCCCCGCAGCGCAUUCUCAGGGCGGCUGGCGCCACCACCACUGGGGAUGCUACCACUGCCGGUGGUGCGAAACAUAACGUGCAACAGCAUCAAGUAUCCAUUUGGCGUCAAAGGGAAAGCCCAACAACCAGGCUUCGAGGUAACGUGCGGCAGAAACAAUGAAGCCAUGUUGCAGAUCGACAAGCAUAGCUAUAAAAUCGACUAUGUGUCGGUGGAAGAAGGCUUCAUCGUCAUCUUAGCCGGGCCCAUCUACCAAGUCUGCUACGACCGCAACGGUAAGCAGCUGAAGGCCACCGGAAUCGGCAAUAUCAGCUUGGAGCAGACGCCCUUCUCCUUCUCCAGUCGCAAUAACCUGGUGGCCACUGGAUGCAACUACAGGCUAGUUGGUAAGUUCAGCAACCUGUCGGUCAGUGAAACUACCAGUUGCUACGCCUUCUGUGACAAAAGCUCCGACACCAUCGAUUGCCCUCGUGGGGUAGCAUGCUGCAAGGCCCCCAUGCCGAUGACGAUGAACGCCACUCGAGAGUUCACCUUGAACUUCGAAAAAAUAGAAGAGCAAUACAUGGGCGAAGAGGACGGCACUUGCAGCGCUGCCUUCUUCCUCGCCCAAGACGAGGAAGUCAUCAUGGCUGCCAGAGGCGGUAUCCGGAGGCCGCUGCCGCUGAAAGACAUGUUGUUGCCAGCUGGUGACCACAGGAUGAUCUUGGAUUGGGCAGUUGGGCGUGGCAAAUGCAGCCAGGCCUCUCACCACAACUUGGCGCGCCGGUACUGCAACAAUAUGAGCGAGUGUAUUGACGCACCCAGUGGAGCGGGCCGUCUCUGCAAGUGCCACGCAGGGUAUGAAGGGAAUCCGUAUGCUCCCGGUGGAUGUGUAGAUAUCGAUGAAUGCCGGGCUUCCCACAGCAACAAUUGCACCUUUCAGAAACUCUGCCACAACACCGACGGGGGUUUUACUUGCCCGUGUCCCCAUAACUGGACAGGUGACGGUUACAAGACAGGGACAAGCUGCACUGGGCCACCCAGUCCAUCUGGUUCCCCUACGCAACAAGCACAAGGCUUGAAUGUGUGUGAUCAUCCUGAAAAGAACCCCUGCACAUACUCAGCACACUGCAGUGAUGAGCAAGGGGUAGUUGAGUGUGAAUGUCCUCCCGGCAUGAGUGGCAAUGGCUGGAAAAGGGGACCUGGGUGUCAGAAGCACUUUCCCAUAGAAAAUGUUUUGGCUGUUGGUCUCGCACUUGUGGUUUUAAUUUCUACCGCAGCUCUGUGCUACUGCUGGAUCAUGAAGAGAAGACAGGUGAGAAGAAAGAGAGCUGAGUUAUUCCGUAAGAAUGGAGGCUUGCUGUUGCAGCAGAGAUUUACAGCAAUCAAAUCUCAAGGUAAGGACUCGUCAGCAAAGAUAUUCAGUGAGGAAGAGCUCAAGGCUGCAACUAACAACUAUAAUGAGACUCGAAUCCUUGGCCGAGGUGCAUCUGGCACAGUGUAUAAGGGUGUUCUUCCAGAUGAGACUGUGGUUGCUGUAAAGAAGUCUAGGGUAUUUGAUGAGAGCCAGGUGGAGCAAUUUGUCAAUGAGAUUACCAUCUUAUCACAGACCGAUCACCCGAAUGUUGUCAAGCUUUUGGGAUGUUGUCUAGAGACAGAAGUUCCCUUGUUGGUGUAUGAGUUCGUACCCAAUGGAACACUCUUUCAGCACAUCCACAACAGAAGUGCACCUCGCUCCUUGACAUGGGAGGAUACCUUAAGGAUAGCUGCAGAAACAGCAGAAGCACUUGCCUAUUUGCAUUCCACAUCUUCUAUACCCAUUAUUCACAGGGAUAUCAAAUCAAGUAACAUACUGUUGGACGAGAACUUUGUGGCUAAAAUAUCAGACUUUGGUGCAUCAAGAUCAGUUCCAUUUGAUCAAACUCAUGUAACCACCCUUGUUCAAGGUACUAUAGGGUACCUGGAUCCUGAAUAUUUCCAAAGCAGCCAGCUCACAGAGAAGAGUGAUGUAUACAGUUUUGGAGUAGUUCUUGCAGAACUAUUGACAAGGCAGAAGCCCAUUUCUUUAGGCAGGCCAGAGGAAUCAUGCAACUUAGCCAUGCAUAUUGUGAUUAUGGUUAACGAAGGGCGCCUACUUAAGGAGAUAGAGCCACAGAUUUUGGCAGAAGCAGGUGAAGAGCAACUCCACGCAGUUGCGCACCUCUCUGUUAGAUGCUUAAAUAUGAAUGGACAAGAACGGCCCAUUAUGAAUGAGGUUGCAUCAGUUUUAGAGGAGCUAAGAAGGUCCUUCAGAAAUGACAAGGAGCAAACUAUGAGAAGAAAAGAUGAACCUGCACAGAAAUCUAAUGAACAAGGGCACCUUCUACGUGAGGCAAGCUCGACUUCCAGCCUGCACUAUUCAGAAGGAAGUACACAGUUGAGCAUGGAGGCUGAAAUGAAAGCUUCUUGUCACACUCCAAGAUGACGCUUCUCAUAAUAUUUAAAUGUAAGUUGACAUAUCAAGACAAUUUGUAAUAUAGUUAUGGAGAAUCAUGUAAAAUAGCUCAGAGUAAUCGCUACUUACUUAUUUAGGUCAAUAAUCACUGCAGGAGAAAUUCUUGAUAUCCCAACUGUGGGUCCAAA